UUUCAAACAUCUGUCGACGACCUGCUUAGAAGCUAUCCAGGGGAUCGGAUCCAGCAAUGCCUCCACAUUUAUCCAGGAGCUCAUUGAGCUUUCUGACACGAUGCUCAACUACUUCAUAUGCACGGGCUUUCACUUCAUCCUCGCGGCUUUCCGCUAUUGGCCCUGAGAGCCCGAAAUUUAUCGAGAUUCCAGUACCACCUCAACGACAGGCAAGAGGCUCAAGAGACAUCAAAGGUAUUCUGCCACCUCCUCGAGAUGUCUUCGACACACGCGGACUCGAUAAGACUACCCCCGACUUCUUGGCCGCCACAACUCCCGAGCCAAAGGAGCUUCCAGAGACAGAGGAUGACCGUAUAAUAUGGAAACGGCGAAUGGCAGCUAAGCGGAGGGCGAAUCUACGCGAGGGAAUUCUCGAGCUGUACGAGAGAAAGAAGCGUCAGGAAGUUAUAGUUGCGAAACGAAGCGCUUGGAAAGUCCGAGACAGAGAAAAGCGACUUAAGGCACCACAACGUGAGGACGAACGGUUGACCAACCCGACUAUCACGGCUGCGACGCGAACGCUUCAAUCAGGUCCCGUGCCAGACCCAGACCGCGAAGCUCGUCUUGCUGAGAAGGCGGAGCGAGUGAAAGCGAGGGAGGCUUUGAAGGCAGCACAGCGGAAAGAUGCCUUGCACACUUUGUACAUGAACGCUCGAGGCUUCAUUACGACGGAGGAGCAGUUGGAUGCCGAGAUUGAGAAGAUCUUUGUGCCCUACCCAUUCGGAGAGAACAACGAGGGCAAGACCAAUAUUUGGGAUGCAUACGGGGCUCCACCUACGGUGCAGGAUAUGUUAUCGGCAGUCAACAACACGCAGAAGCUGGCUAUAGAUUUCCACAGAGGCCCAGGUGCUAUUACGGGCAAGAGAAUGAAGAGAAUCGCGGAGGAGUUGACUGGUGGCAAGAUGGAUUAGUGGAUGGAUAUCUGGGGAGAAACUUUGUAUACUAAUGGGUGGGAGAGCAAGAUUUGCUUCUCCAAUGUAUAAGAUUCGCGGCUCAGACCCAAUGCCCAAGACUUGUAACAUUUGAUAUUGGAGUCUAUUUCCUGCUUCUUCCACAAGUGUCGGGCUCACCACGUUUUCAGUAUACUGCCCGAUUUCUAUCUUUCAUGAAUAGCUGUUGGC